GCCCAUGCUUCUCGGAGGCUCACCGGCUCCACACAGCAGCAACAUCGCACUAUGGCCUCUCUGUGAGCCGCUCACACGAUACAUCCCCAACCGGCAAUCCGUCACCAUCGACGCCUUGAUCAUGGACCUCCGGUCCAGAGGCUUACAUCGGGGCCAUCGGACUAGUCAGUAGUACUCUCGCAGUACUGUAUUAUUAGAUUUUGAGCACUGACACUUUCGGGGAUUUAAGCCGGAGUGACAGUUCGAGCGCUCACCCCGUCCGCCGGUUAGCAUACUAGCUUUGCUAAGUCAACAGCCAAGAAGGGCAUCACUUUUUCCGCUUCAGUAAAGGACGAAGAAACUACAACAACACUACUUUCAACCUGAGAAGCUGACCACCCGAGUCCUUGACCUGCACCACAAACACUGCUGAUUCCCGAAAGGCUGGCAACACACCGCCACCCUGAUGCAGCACCAUAAAAGAACGUGAAAUGAACAAACCACCACAGCCUAUAACGGGACCAGCGUCUGUCCCAAACCCUGCCCCUUCCCCAGGAUUGACCCAGGCUGCUUACGGUCCAGGGCAGCCACCCUCUCUUGUCUUUGCCACCCCACAACCACCGCAAAUGAACUCUGCACAACAACCAAGACAGUUUGCUGCAGGGCCCCGUACUUUACACCAACAGGGUGGAUACCGAGCGCUACAGAAUUACUACCAGAACAGACCCACCAUGGCCACCAGUGCUCCAAGAGUGCAGACGAGCAGCGGCCCUCGCCCUGUCGGACCCACACACGUCUACCCGACCAGCUCGCAGAUGAUGAUGAUUUCCCAGCAGCAGCUGCCUUUCGCUGGCUCUCCUCAGGGCUACUUCAUCCCACCUGGGCAGUACCGGGCCCCUUACAUGCCUCCUACCCAGCAGUAUCCUGUGACAAGCGCUUCAGCAGGAUUCUACCCCGGAACCAGCCCUGCAGAAUACCCUGGUUAUGAGCCCUCUCUUGCUGCGAGGGAGAGGCGGGGUGGUGGGGGGAGAGGGGGCGGGCGAGAGAACGGCCGUCUCUCUCUCCACGGUGCUCCUCUCACCUCCCAGCGCUACCCCGCGUACUACCCAGCUCAGCCGCAGUACACCCCACCUGUCCAGCCUGCACCAGUCAUGAUCAACCCCGCCCAACAGCAGCAGCAAGCCCCGCCUCCCCAGCCACCACCGGCGCAGUCACAAGGCCCACCAAAGAGGGAACGCAAACCGAUAAGAAUACGAGAUCCGAACCAGGGUGGGCGCGACAUCACAGAGGAGAUCAUGUCCGGUGGACGGUCCACCACCACUCCAACUCCACCACAGGCUUCAUUAGCAGAUUUAAGUCCUCCACAGACUAACGGGGAAGUUUUGGGACCUGUCACUGCAGUGACAAGAAGUGAUGAAAGCACAGAGCCUCCUCCGAGCGCUGAGACUCCACCGCCACCUGCUCCUGCAAUCGUGCAGCCAGUCGUGGAGGCCAAGCAGGAAAUGGAUGGACAAGUAGCUCUGCCUACCGAGCUGGUUUCACAAUCUGUAGUCUCGACAGCUGCUUCUGAAGUGCCACCCCCAUUGAUAAAGGAGGAGCAGCAGGCUCCGAUCCUCCCUGCAGCAGCAGCAGCAUCAGCAGCAGCCUCCACCACUACUCCUCCUCCAGAGGCACUGAGUGAAAUCAGCACUAGUGUCUGUGACACUGUGGAUGCUCCUGUCGGACCGUCGGCAGAGCAAGAGGCUCCUCUGAAAGUGGAGGAGCGCCAGGCGAGUCCGGCUCCAGCUCCAGUUCCUGCUGAGAAGGUACCAGAGAACGAGGAAACGGAAAUACAGGAGGUGAAGAAGUUGGAGAGAGAAGAGCCAGAGGCCAGUCCGGAGUUGGAACCAGUCGCUGAUGCCACAGCGGCAGCUGCCCCUGUUGAUGUGGAAAAAGAAGAACCGGCAACAACCACAGCGGCUGAAGUCUCCCAGCCUCCUCCCGCCGUUCAGGAACCUGCUGCUCCACAAGCGCCCAACACUGACCUGAGCUCUGCCCCCGAACCCGAACCUGAACCCGAACCCGAACCUGUGGAGAAAGCAGAGCUUCUUUCCAACGGCCUUCCUCAGGAGACAGAGGAGCUGUCCGAGGACAUGGCGUUUACAGACACUACACCCCAUGACAAACCCGACGUGUCUCAAUCUCAGGAAAUCACACCGGUGGCUAAAACGGAAACACCAGCCGAGGUGGAGGAGGAUGUGGAGCCGAAGAAAGAGGAAGAAUUGGAGUUGAAGAAAAAAAGUGAAGAAGCUCCUGCCUCUGUUAGCUGCCCAGAGGAAUCUACUAUGCAAGCUGCUACGUCUGUGCCAAAGAAGAAGAAGAACAUGAAAGAGUUAAACAAGAAGGAGGCCAUCGGAGACCUCCUGGAUGCCUUCACUGAGGAGCAGGAAGCCAAGCCUGCCCCUGAACCCUCGUCCACUCAGGCCACCCCUCCAGCUCCAGCCGAGCCGCCCGCUGAAGUGCCAGACGAGACCUGGGAAGAAAAAGAAGACAAGCAGAACGCAGAGCCUGACGGCUCCAAAGCCUCGCCUGAGCCAGCUGAAAAGAAAUACCAGUACAAACAAGAACAAUGGAAACCGAUAAACCCAGAAGACAAAAAGAGGUACGACAGGGAGUUCCUCCUUGGAUUCCAGUUCAUCAGCGCCAGUAUGCACAAACCUGAGGGCCUGCCAGUCAUCAGUGACGUCGUCCUGGACAAGGUAAACAAAACUCCGCUGAGGCCAGUUGACCCAGCUCGACUGAUGAACGCUGGUCCCGAUUUUACUCCCUCGUAUUUGGGAAAUCUUGGGAACAGAACAGUGGGAGGACCCCGAGGCCCACCCCCCGGUGCACGUCGCUCCCAGCAAGGUCCUCUGAAAGGCCCCAGGAAAAUCAGCAUGUCCAUCAACGAAGACGUUCAACUCAACAAGGCCGAGAAGGCCUGGAAGCCUGCUGUGAAGAAGACCACCCGAAACCGCGGCCCCGAGGAAACUGAAGAAGACGACUCGGAAAACGCAAAGACGCAGGAGCUGUUCAAGCGACUGCGCAGCAUCCUCAACAAGCUGACCCCACAGAAGUUCCAGGAGCUGAUGAAACAGGUGACCGAGCUGACGAUAGACACAGAGGAGAGGCUGAAGGGAGCCAUCGACCUCAUCUUCGAGAAGGCCAUCUCAGAGCCCAACUUCUCUGUGGCCUACGCCAACAUGUGCCGCUGCCUUUUGGGGUUGAAAGUCCCCACCACCGACAAGCCAGGUGUUUUCGUCAACUUCCGCAAGCUGUUACUCAACCGCUGCCAGAAAGAGUUUGAGAAGGACCAGGACGACGACGAGAUCUUUGAGACGAAGCAGAAGGAGCUGGAGGCCGCCAAAGAUGAUGAGGAGCGGGAGCGGCUGAGGGUUGAGCUGGAAGAGGCCAGGGACAAGGCCCGGCGCAGAUCACUGGGAAACAUCAAGUUCAUCGGCGAGCUCUUCAAGCUAAAGAUGCUGACCGAAGCCAUCAUGCAUGACUGUGUAGUGAAACUACUGAAGAACCACGAUGAAGAGUCCCUGGAGUGUCUCUGCAGACUGCUCUCCACAAUUGGAAAAGAUCUGGACUUUGAGAAGGCGAAGCCUCGUAUGGACCAGUAUUUCAACCAGAUGGACAAAAUCAUCAAAGAAAGAAAGACCUCAUCCAGAAUUCGCUUCAUGCUGCAGGAUGUGUUGGACCUCAGAAAGAGUAACUGGGUACCUCGUAGAGGCGACCAGGGUCCGAAAACAAUCGACCAGAUCCACAAGGAGGCCGAGCUGGAGGAGCACCGGGAGCAGAUCAAAGUUCAGCAGCAGCUCCUCUCGAAGAAAGAGAGCAGCGGAGGAGGCAGGAUGGGAGGAGGAGGAAUGGGUGGCCGGGGGCCCCACACCCCGGGGGGCGGUCGAACUAACCAGCCUCAGGACGAAGGGUGGAACACGGUGCCCAUCUCCAAGAAUAGACCCAUCGACACCACCCGCCUUAGUAAGAUCACCAAGCCUGGUGCGAUGGACUUCAACAAUCAGCUGUUGGCUCCUGGAGGGAAAGGCAUGUGGGGCAGCUGGGGGAAAGGCAGCAGCGGAGGAAGUGGAGCUAAGCCGGCGAGUGGCGAGCAGGACUCUGGGCGUCCAGCGACCAGCACUCUGAACCGCUUCUCAGCCCUGCAGCAGUCCGGGUCGUUGCUGUCGCCAUCAGACUCUGAUCGCAGAGUUCCUCAGAGAUCAAGCUCCAGCCGUGAGCGUGGCGACAGAGACAGGGGCGACCGUGACAGGGAUCGCUUCGACAGAUUCGAUCGCGGCGAGGGACGCGAAGGCGGCCAAAUCACGAAGCGGAGCUUCAGCAGGGAGUCGCAGGAACGCGGCGGGAGAGGCGGAGACAGCCGGGCCUCGAACGAGCCGGUGCGCCGUGUCGCCAGCAUGACGGACAGCCGGGACAGAGGCAGCAGGGACAGAGGCAGCCGAGAUCGCAGCAGCAGAGACCGGGGCAGUCGAGACAGGGGAAGCAAGGACCGAGGAAGUCGGGACCGGCGUGCGAGUAAAGAUCUCCCAGUCAAGCGUGAGAAUGCGCCCACUCCUCCACUGUCUCUUCCUAAACCUUCCCUAACUGAAGAGGAGAUGGAGAAGAAGUCGAAUGCCAUCAUUGAAGAAUACCUCCACAUCAAUGACUUAAAGGAGGCGUUGCAGUGUGUGGCAGAACUCAACAGUGCCUCACAGCUCUAUGUGUUUGUGAGAACCGGUGUGGAGUCGACACUCGAACGCAGCACCAUCGCCAGAGAGCACAUGGGCCAGCUGCUGCACCAACUCGUGAAGGCAGGGACGCUGCCCACACAGCAGUACUACAAAGGGCUCUCGGAGAUCCUGGAGGUCGCAGAAGACAUGGCCAUAGAUAUACCUCACAUCUGGCUCUACCUGGCUGAACUCAUCACGCCUAUGCUCCAUGAGGGAGGCAUCCCUAUGGGACAGCUCUUCAGGGAGAUCUCGAAGCCUCUUGUGCCUCUGGAGAAGGCCGGCGUGCUGCUGGUUCAGAUCCUCAAGCUGCUUUGCAAAGGAAUGACCCCUAAAAAGGUUGGAGCUUUGUGGAUGGACGGCGGGCUGAAUUGGAAUGAUUUCUUGCCCAAGGAUGAAGAUGUAAACAAGUUUGUCACGGACCACAGCGUAGAAUUCACGACAGGAGAAGAGAGCAAGUCGCAGGAUGUCGGUAAGAAGCCGAUCCUGAGUGCAGAGGAGCUCAGCCAGCAGCUGGACCGACACCUGCAGGACAAAGCCAGCAAUGAGUGCAUCAUCGACUGGGUGGAGGCUAACUUGAAAGAAGAAGAGACCGCUUCCAACCAGUUUGUUCGAGCCUUGAUGACUUCAGUUUGCCAGUCAGCCAUCAUUUGUACCAACCCCUACAAGGUGGAUGCUCAACAGAUCAAGAAGAGGGCCAGCCUGCUGCAGAAAUACUUGAGUGACGAGCAGAAAGAGCUGCAGGCUCUUUACGCGCUGCAGGCGCUGAUGGUGCACAUGGAGCAGCCUGCAAACUUGCUGCGGAUGUUCUUCGACGCCCUGUACGACGAGGACGUCAUCAAAGAGGAGGCCUUCUACAAGUGGGAGUCCAGCAAAGACUCUGCAGAGCAGACGGGCAAAGGAGUGGCCUUGAAGUCAGUCACCGCCUUCUUCAGCUGGCUCCGCGAGCCCGAAGACGAGUCUGACAAGGACUAAAAAACAACUAGAAAAAAAAACAAUCCGAACUGUAACGGCGCCGCCUCCCCCGCCCCCUUUGGCAAGGCGGCGGGGUUCAGCAGGCGGUCGUAUAAAGUCAUGGACAUUAUUGCCAGACAGGCAGACUCAAAUCAAUCCUCAGUGAGGAUAAAUCUUUCUUUUUUUUUUUUUUUUUGUUUGUUUUUUUUUUCUUUUUUUUCUUUUUUUUUUGUUUGAGGGACAGACUCAAAAAAAAAAACAAUCAUUCUCUCCCCUCCUCCCUCUCUUGCCUCCAUUUUGACCCACCCGCUUGUCACAGCAAGUGUCCUCAAGAAAUAAACUUGAAACCUGAUUCAGCGGGAUCGCUUGUCAACGAGGUGUGAAGUCUCCCACGUCACUACGAAACUCUUUUGUCGCAGGAAUACAAACCCAACCCAACGGGGCCGCGUUGUUGGUCGCCGAGACAGUUGUCAUGCCUGAAACAUCCCACGUGGUCCGCGAGAGGAAAGCGGGGAGGGCGUGUGUGUGUUGUGUGUUGCGUGGCGUGGCGGGCUUCCCGAUCCCGGAGGGUCAUCAUGCCAUGAACGUGCGCUCGACCCCGACGCGCCUCUCGUCUUUGUCCUUUUACUGGAGUGUGCAGCAUGACUGAAGUGUGUUUCUAAUAAUGAUACCGUGGAUGAAAUGUUCGUAGAGGAAAAAAAAAAAAGAUAUGUACAUGAACUAAUCUUAAUUUGAUGGGUGGAGUUUUUAAAAAGCAAAGGUCUAUUUUCUCUUCCUGUUUCCUAUCAUGAACUGAACAGAAACGACAGGACUCAUGUUGACCUUGACUACUAGGGGAUGGUCUUAAUGCUUCCUCCAAGCCAUCCUCUUCCAUCCCCAGUAGUGAACCACACUGACUCCUCAUCUUUUACCUCUCCUGUACUCCAAACCUGAGCUGUUGUAGAGGACACUUAAAUGACCCAAUCACCAAUGAAACUUGAAAUCUACCGAAAAUUUGACUUGAUGAAAUAUAUAUAUACAGUAACAAAAAAGGAAAAAAAAAAAAAAACACAGAAAUGAUCUGAAAGCCUUUUCUACUAUAAGUGGAAACUCGUUUCAGGAGCGUUCUGUAAAUAUAUAAUUAAAAAAAAAAAAAAAACUUUUUUUGUUUUAUUUUUCAGAAACGAUAAAUUGCUGAUGUAAUUGCAGUGUUUCCUUUUCCAGCAGAAACCACAGUUGUCCAGAUGCAGAGAGGUGCUUUAGAUAAUCCAUUGAUUAUUAGUUUUAUUGGAAUUUUGUAAAUAUUUUUUUUUUUCGCUUUAUUUAAGAAAUUAUUGCUUCUUUUGCAUCGGAAACUGGAACAUGAGGUUAUGGAACAUUGCAAAUAAAGGAGUUAUUAAGUUGC